UUUUGUGAGAAUACAAUUUAUUCUAUUCACUGCAAACCCUGGUGAGAAGAAGGAAAUAGCGUGAAAUCAACCACUUCCUUAAAACAUCAUUAUUUGGUAGAUAAAGUAGUAAAGUAAGAAACCCUAACUGUUUUUUCCUAUGUCACAGAUCUUGCAGUGACAUGAGAUGAAGACUGGAAGAAGGCCAAUACUGUGUCCAUGAUGGAGUACUAUAAGCACUUCCUUAGGAUUAUUCUUAUGGUUGUUCUUCAAGGCUGGUUCCCAGGUUCCUACAGUCAGAAUUGGGCAAUUACCCUCCCUGAAUCCAUCAGAGCAUUGAGAGGAUCCUGUGUGGAGAUUCCCUGCACUGUCACCCGCCCCAGGAACUAUAAGAACUUCAAUCUGGUUUGGUACAAGGAAAUCAAUCUUCAACUCGACAAUAAAAUAUCCAACCACCGGGAUUCCUCUGAUGUGAAUAAACAUUACAGACGUCGCACUUCCCUGGUCGGCAAUGAACCAAACAGCUGCUCCCUGAGGAUUAAUGAUGUGCAAGAAACAGGCACUUAUUAUCCCUAUAUACAUGGAAACUGUCGUGUCUCUCUCUUCAGUGAGUGUCAGAAAGUGAAGGUUGAAGUCUCAGAUGAUCCUAAUGAGCCAUCAAUAGAGAUACCCACAGAUCUAACUGAGGGGGAAAGUGUCUCCAUCUCCUGCUCUGUAGAACACACCUGCCCCUCCAGUCCCCCUACUCUACAGUGGAACAAAGCUGGAUAUAAACUCACUGAAAGGCAGGAGAAACUUAAGGAUGGAGUAUGGAAAGUUACAACUGUUAUGGAAUAUCUCCCCAACUACCAGGAUCAUGGAACUGACCUUAUAUGUGAUGUUACAUAUCCAAAUGGACUUAAAUCCAAUAGAUGUCUGGCCACUUUAAACAUAAGAUAUUUUCCUCGAAAUGUAACAGUUGUCAUAUUUAAUGGGAAGAAGGAACUUAAAGAAGGUGACAAUGUGACUUUAGUCUGUACCAGUGAUGCCAACCCGGCAGCCAAUGACUUUAUCUGGUACAACAAUAAGAGAGAUGAGACUGAGGAGCUGAGAGAGGAACAUGGACAGAACAUAAUAAAUGUGACUGUUGGGUGGGACAUAGAGAAAUUCUCCUGCACUGCAAGGAACUCACUGGGAACUGGAGAUUCCAAGAUCUUCGAGCUGCAGGUUUUGUAUAAAGCCAAAAAUGUCACCAUUAAAGGAAAAGAAGAAAUGAAGGAAGGAGCAAUUCUGGAACUUGAAUGUCAUUUCUUAGACUAUAACCCACCAACAACUAACUCCCACUACAGCUACAGUUGGUAUCUAAAUGGGAAUUGUAUGAAUGGACAGACUGGAAGAAUAUUACAGAUAAAUAACAUUACAAAGUCCAGUUCUGGCAACUACAGCUGCAAUGUGCAGAACAGAGCCGGACAUUCCUAUUCCCCAUUAUUUGUUGUCACAGUGAUGGCAGUGAUAUCUGCACAGACAGGAGAGGAACUUCCAAUGGGGAUUAUACUCGGAGGUGUAGCUGGUGUUGUAUUGGUCAUACUAUUGGCUCUGGCUCUAUAUUUAUUUCUUAGAAAGUCAAAGAAACUGGAAGCAUCAGGAGGCAGGAAAGUGGAGACCAACAGUCGGGAUCUCCUUCCAAACGAUGGACCAGAGAGCUAUUACUGCAACGUCUCAGCAAUUGCAGGUUCCUCAAGGAAUGGCACAGCAGGAACCCAGUUGAGUGAGAUGGAGCUAGAAGAUCUCUACACCAAGGCAAAGAAACCAGAAGAGGUUGAGUACACUUUGGUGGAUCAUUUUCCAAGCAACAAAGCCCCUCAAAUGCAGAGCUGUGCAGACGAGACAGUGUAUUCCCUUGUGACCUGCUGAAUUGGGAGCGAAAAUUCUUCUUCUCGUGUGAAGACCAAAUCUAAACAUCUCAGAUGGAUUCCAGUGGUUUUUAUUCUGUUCAAAUGGCACUGACAUAAGGUGGAAUUGAUACUGCCAUUUUUCAUUUACAAAAAGAAGCAAAUUGGCAAGUUGUUUUCCACCAAUGCCCUAUUUUCACUAUCAGGAAUAAAAAAAACUGUGUCUGUUGCUAUGUAAUGAAUAAGUGCAGAAGAAGUAGGAGUAUCAUGAGAGGGAUAUGGGUAUAUAUUUUCAUCCAAACUCACUCUAUUGCUACUGCCUGCCUGGCUCUAACUAAAUACACAGGGGUUUUUCGCUUACUAAUUCAAGACAAGGGUCUUGUUCCUCAUUUAUCAACACUGGGCAGAUUUGCACCUGGAAACCAACAUUUUAGUUCCCAUUGUUCUUCUUGCAGCUGGCGGCAAAAGGCUAAUCAUUUACUAGAUGCUAGUGAUGGGCGAAUUUAUUCACCAGGCAUGGAUUCCCUGCGAAUUUCAGUGUUUCACCACCCGCAAAUGUGCAGCGAAAAUUUGGCAAUGAGAAAUUUGCAACGACAAAAAGAAUUGUCUUGCGUCAAAAUUAUUCAGGCGACCAUUGACUUUAAAGCAUUUGGACGAAAUAGUCUA